GAAAUCACUUAAAUCAUUUUAAUUGCCACUUCCAUUUUAUUUUCUUGAAUGUUGAAAGAGAAAGAACUCCUUGCACACCUUGAACAAAACUAAGAACCACAAAUGGAGAACUUGCAUACCCGUCAUGAAGUUUGCCGUUAGUAAUGUAAGUACAUAUUUAUGGUUUGAACAAGAAACUUUUCAAACUCUAGACACUGACAUUAUUGGUUUAGUUUUUGUUUGUUAGGUUUUACAUCUUUUUGAAAUGGACAAAACUUGGAUUGAGAUGAACAGAUUAUCCAAUGAAUACUUUGGAUUUUGAUUAUGUUGGAUGUUUGUGAUUUGAACUCUUGGAUUGAGAUGAACAGAUUAUCCAAUGAAUACCAUGAACAGAUCAUGAUAUUAUAAUUUCCAUGUUAGUAGAAUGGUGAAGAAUUUAGUAUGGGGUCGUGAGUGAUUGAUCAGAGUGCUGAAGUAAUAACGACGUUAUUAUAAAUGUUAGUAGCCAUUAAAUCACAAAUUUUUGGUGUUUAGAAUUAAUGGCAGAUCAUGGUUCAUUUUCUCUAAUUUUAAUUUAUAUGCAACUAGAUUUACGAAUUACUGUGGAUGUGUCCUUCAUUAUCCUGUGCCUGCUUCCGGGGGAAGAAUAGUUACUAAAGCAACUUUGUUUUACUUAGUUGUGAACUGUGGUUAGGCUUGUAUUUUUUUUAAAGACAGAAGAUAUAAUGUUUCUUUCUUGUUUGAACACGUAAUUUCACCACUCUUUUAACAAUGCCUUUUCCUUUUCAUCGUUCAUUUUUAUUAUUUUCUGUGCAAUAUUUGAGGGUGAGCAUUCCUUUUCAUCAAUUGUUAUUAUUUUUUUCAAUUGUGGUUCUAACCUUGAUAAUUGCAAGUUUUCGGUGUCAUUUAUCUUUUAUAGGACAAGGUGGCCAAGUUUCGGGUAAAGGAACUCAAGGAUGUUCUGACUAAACUUGCUCUGCCAAUCCCGAUCUUCCCAACAAUGGCCACCAUUUUCGCUGCUUCUCUUCUUUCCCUUUUCAACACUCAGCACCCCACUCUCUUCAUCUCUGCGCCGCCGGUUUCUCUUUCCCUCCACCGUCUCCGCCGAAACCCUUCCAUUUUCACCGCCGUUGGAGUCCAGCAACAGACGGGCAAAGGAUCAGCUCCGCCGGCGCCGCAGCAGCAUCAGUUCGACGACUAUGCGGAGGAUGAAUCCUACGGCGAGGUCAACAGGAUCAUCGGUAGCCGGGCAGCCGAAGGCGGAAGAGGGAUGGAAUACCUGAUCGAGUGGAGAGACGAACACCCCCCGACCUGGAUCCCUUCCGAUUUCAUCGCCAAGGACGUCGUCGCGGAGUAUGAGAUCCCCUGGUGGACGGCCGUCAAAAAGGCCGACGAAUCCUCCUUGCGGGAGCUCUUAAACACCGGCGAUGGCGGGAGGGACGCGGACGCCGUGGACGAGGACGGGCGCACGGCUCUACUCUUUGUCUCCGGGCUUGGAUCCGAGGAUUGCGUCAAAUUGCUCGCCGAAGCAGGGGCGGACGUGAAUUACAGAGACCCACGCGGGGGCGGCUUGACGCCUCUGCACAUGGCGGCAGGCUAUGUCCGGCCAGGAACAGUGAAGAUUCUGAUCGAACUCGGGGCGGACCCCAAGGCCGCGGACGACAAGGGGCAGACCCCUCUGGAUCUGGCGAGAACAAUCCUGAAGAAGCUAACCCCAAUGCAAUUCGACCAAAGGCUAGGGUUGCAAAGGGUGAUUGGGGUUCUGGAAGAUGCAAUGUUUGAAUUCGCGGAGGUGGAGGAGAUAAUGGAGAAGAGGGGGAAGGGGGAGAAGGCAGAGUACCUGGUGAAGUGGAAGGACGGGGAGGCAAACGAGUGGGUGAAACGCGGGGCGGUAGCUGAUGAUCUGGUGGGUGAUUUUGAGGCGGGGGUGGAGUACGCAGUGGCAGAGAGGGUUUUGGAGAAGAGAAUGGGAGGCGAUGGGAAGAAGAAGAAGAAGGUGGAGUAUUUGGUGAAGUGGUCGGACAUGGAAGAGGCAACUUGGGAGCCCGAAGAGAAUGUCGAUCCUGCAUUGAUUAUCGAGUUCGAGAAGAAGGAUCAGCAGUCGUGAACCCUCGUGAACCCUCAUUGACAACCUAUGUUGCACGGGUUGUUCCGAUACUCGAAUUCUUUGUAAAACUUUGGGAACAAAUAUGGUGUUUUCGUGUUGGCGACCCUGUCCCCGGCUCGGUGCAACUUGGAUGGCAGGUGUAAUAGGAACCAGGCUCUCUCCUAGCAGCCAUUGCCAUCAAACAUGGAUUGUUAGUGGUGAUUUUUGGAGUAAUACAUAUGUUGUGCUUGGUUGGUUUCUUCUCUAAACAAAGGUUUAUGGUAGUUGACAGUGUCUGUAUAAAAAAAUGCAAACAUCUUUCUUUUUUUUAACUUCUUGAUCAAGUUUUGAAUGGUUUUACUAGAAUCUUAUUGUUGGGCU